AUGAUUGCAGAUGAAGGUCCGCUUGUGGAUGAACUAUGGGUCAAAGAUGAUCGCCAGAAUUAUCAAAGUGAUGACACCCUUCCUGAACUUUUGAUCAACAAAAGGUUCAGGAAGAUUUUCUUGAUUAUGAUGUCAAUAUUAAUCUCUAGGAGGUCACGCUAUAAUGCUGGCUCUGAAAAGGGAAUUCUGCCUAGCCUAUAUGUUGUUGAACGGAGGAAACCUUUUGGUCAAAGUGAAGGGCAUGGAAUUGAUGGGGAAGCAAUUUCUAAUAGUAUGCAUUGCAAGUGA